AUGGCUCCUGGGCGCAGCGUCACCCUAGACCGCGGCUUCGCCCCCACCCCGCCUCUCGACCGAGGGUCACCCAGCGCCAUGAACGUGCCCGUCGUCUGUGACUUCGGCACCGGCCUCAGCAAGGUGGGCUUCUCGGGAGAGGAAGCACCCCUCAACGUGUUCCCGACUGUCCUCGGGAAGUUCCGGUACAAAGUGAGUCCCCCGUGAGUGGACGGUCUCCGCCUUUUUCAGGACUCGCUGGUGGGCCUGGCCGUAGAGGACUGGUUCAUCGGACGGGAGACGCAGAAGAAGCGAGAGAAGCUCAACAUGUUGUACCCCGUCUCCCGGGCCACCAUCACCAACUGGGAUUACAUGGAGAAGAUCUGGCACUACGCCUUCUACCAGGCGCUCUGCGUGGCCCCGGAGCAGCACCCUCUGAUGCUCACCGAGCCGCCCUCCUGCAGCCGGACCACCAAGGAGAGAGUGUGUCAGAUCCUGUUUGAGACCUUCAACGUGCCAGCCCUGUACUUAGCCAACCAAGGCGUCCUUUCCAUGUACGCCUCCGGCCUGACCUCGGCUGUCCCGAGGGUGGUUGACGGCCAGUACAGUGGCCGCGGUUGA